AAGACCACGAGGCUUCAUGUCACAUUGGUCAAUCGCUCUGUCAUUAGUCCUAGAGGCAUAGUGAAGGACAUGCUAGUAAGAGUGGGAAAAUUCUGUUAUCCGACGAAUUUUGUGAUCCUGGAUAUAAGUGAGGAUUCCGAGAUGCCACUCAUACUAGGACGCCCUUUCCUUGCCACUGCCAAGGCUUUAAUUGAUGUAAAUGAGGGAACUUUGAUUCCAAGGGAUGGUGAUGAGAGAAUUACUCUUGGAAUUGAUCCUAAGCCUAGGAGUGAGGAAGUGAAGGAAGUGGAACUGGGUGAUAUGAAUGCAAGUGGAGGAGAGCCUUGCAAGGCGAACCCCACUAUUACUGUUUGUUCUUGUGAUGAUUUGAAGCAGGGAAGCAAAGAGGGUGACUCAACCCUGACUAUCACAAUAAAAUCCCACCUAAGGUCCAAGUAUAAACCUUAGAUGGGUGCAAUAUAGGGUAAGUAUGUUUAAAUAUCGACUCAGACCGGUCCAUGUACCGCUACUUUGACGGUUUGAAACAUUAUCUAGCUAACUGGUUUUGGUGAAGAUAAAUAUUUAAAACUAAAUUACUUUUCAAAGGUCAAAUGGAUUAGACACUAAUUGAGAAGGCUUCACCCGGUGUUACUCCCCCUAGCUAACAAUUAUGACCUGAAGAAUCGAAUGACCGCAUGUGGUUAGGGGGUUAUAAACCGCAGGGAAGUCUAACAAGUAGCCGGAGCUACCCUCUUAAUCUCUAGGUUGAGGAAAUGGGAUAUGAUCCAAGACACUAAUGCGACCGGCUCAACCUAUUGACUAAGGAAUGGUUAGACUUCACCCUCGAAUUGAAGUUCUGACGACCACCCACAACCAAACCCUAAGUGCUAAUACAAAAUAGGAUGUUUG